GGAACAUACAAGCUUGUGUGAUUAAGCGGAGGUGUGGGGCUCUGCGUCCUGAUUGUCAAAAUGCAGUUCUGGGAUUUCCUAGGCUGCACUAAUGGAGAUAUUUCCAGGAUAUCAUCGUAUUACACUGAAUAUGACGGCCAGUUAGCCCCCACAGGACCACCUGAAUUUGGCAUGGCGUCAUCUUCCUACUUGGAGCCCAACCUCAACCACUCGACAGCGGGGGGUUGUGGGGUGAAGUCCCGCUCAGGGAUGCCAGGAGGGACUGCGGUGGGGACCAGCUCCUCUGCCGGGGGUCUGGAAAGGCCCGCAGGAUCCAUGGACAGAGUUCUCAAGAUCUUCCAUUAUUUUGAGACAAAUAGUGAACCUUGUACCUGGGCUAGUAAUAUCAGGCACGGCGAUGCUACAGAUGUCAGGGGAGUUAUCCAGAAAAUAGCAGAGAUCCAUAAACUGCGCUGUGUGUCGUCCCUGGGUUUGCGCCUCACCCAUCUGCACUCAGACGCUCUUCACUGGUUACACCCAGACUUGGGCGUCUCCCAUGUCCGAGAGAAAUAUGAGAAGCAGCACCCACAAGAGGAGUGGAGGUAUGAGCUACGGAUGCGAUACUUUCCAAAAGGUUACCUCAGUCACUUCUCUGAAGACAAACCCUCCCUUAACUACCUCUAUCACCAGGUAAAAAGCGACUACAUGCUUCAUAUGGCAGACCAGAUGGAUCAAGAUGUUGCUUUGAAAUUAGGUUGUUUAGAAAUUAGGAGGUUUUUUAGAGAAAUGCCCGGAAAUGCUCUGGACAAAAAAUCUAACUAUGAACUACUAGAGAAAGAUGUUGGCUUAAGAAGGUUUUUUCCUAAAAGCCUGUUGGACUCUCUGAAGGCUAAAACACUUCGUAAGCAGAUCCAACAGACAUUUAAGCAGUUUGCAAAUUUCAAUGAUGAGCAAAGCAUCCAUAAGUUUUUUGAGAUCCUCACUCCUAUUUAUCGAUUUGACAAAGAGUGCUUCAAGUGUGCUUUGGGGUCCAGUUGGGUAAUAUCAGUAGAGUUGGCCAUUGGACCGGAAGAAGGAAUCAGCUACCUCACAGACAAGGGCUCAACGCCAACACAUUUAGCCAACUUUAACCAGGUCCAGUCUAUCCAGUAUUCCCCUUUAGAAGAAAAAGGACAGAAAAGGCAUGUGCAGCUGAAUGUAGCUGGGGCACCAGAGCCCCUCACGGUCACCACGGCAUUGCUGACCACAGCUGAAAACAUGGCCGACCUGAUUGACGGCUACUGUCGACUCGUCUCUUCAGUCUCUCAUUCCUUCAUCAUCAGAGUCCAUAAAGAAGGAGACAGGGCUCUUCCAUCAAUUCCAAAGGUUUCAAAUCAUGAGAAGCGCAUGGAAAAGAGGAUGGACGGUGUACGAACCAGAGCUGUUUGUGUCUCAGGUCAUACUAGUGGAGAUGAAACUGAUGACUAUGCUGAAAUCAUAGAUGAGAGGACAACAUAUACAAUGCCUUCAACUCGAGACUAUGAGAUUCAGCGGGACCGUAUUGAGUUAGGACGCUGCAUAGGCGAAGGUCAAUUUGGAGACGUACACCAAGGCAUCUACAUCAGUCCAGAAAACCCAGCUUUAUCUGUGGCAGUAAAAACAUGUAAAAACUCAACGUCGGACAGUGUUAGAGAAAAAUUUCUUCAAGAAGCCUUGACAAUGCGACAGUUUGACCACCCUCAUAUAGUGAAGCUCAUGGGUGUCAUUACAGAAAACCCAGUCUGGAUCAUCAUGGAGCUGUGUACGCUCGGGGAGCUGCGGUCGUUCCUCCAGGUGAGAAAGUACAGUCUGGACUUGGCUUCGCUCAUCCUAUACUCCUAUCAGCUUAGCACUGCUCUGGCCUAUUUGGAGAGCAAGCGCUUCGUCCACAGGGACAUAGCAGCCCGCAAUGUGUUAGUGUCUACAGCAGACUGUGUAAAGCUUGGGGACUUUGGUCUGUCUCGAUACAUGGAGGAUAGCUCUUAUUACAAAGCCUCCAAAGGCAAACUACCUAUUAAAUGGAUGGCACCGGAAUCUAUCAACUUCAGACGAUUUACCACAGCAAGUGAUGUGUGGAUGUUUGGUGUCUGUAUGUGGGAAAUAUUGAUGUACGGUAUAAAGCCGUUUCAAGGUGUGAAGAACAACGACGUCAUAGGAAGGAUAGAGAACGGCGAGCGACUGGCGAUGCCCCCUCAGUGCCCACCCACUCUCUACAGCCUGAUGACAAAGUGUUGGUCUUAUGAUCCAAGCAAAAGGCCACGAUUCAAUGAGCUCAAAACACAACUCAGCACUAUUUUGGAAGAAGAGAAAGUCCAGCAGAAAGAGAGGAACCGGAUGGAGAUGAGGCGGCAGGUUACAGUGUCCUGGGACUCUGGGGGGUCUGAUGAAGCACCACCAAAACCCAGUCGCCGCCCCUCUCUGCAGCCACCCUUUACCCUGGACUGCCUGUCUGCUCCUUCACCCUACCACCAUUACCAUCCAAACCGACACUUUACCUCUCAGCUCUGCCUCGGAAACCCUCCUCCCUCAUUCUCCCGCACUGACUCUCUCCCAUUCACCCCCCACUCCUCCACUCUACCUUUACCUCACCCUCGAACAUUAUACAACUCUGUACCCCUUCCUACUUUAUCCCAAGUUAACUCUCUGGAUGAAGAUACCAGAUUUCGUUCUUCUCAGCACUCACAAACUCUAUCUAAUGGUUAUUUCAACAGGACAAAUAGCCCUCCAAAUGAUUUCUUCCUCUCUGACUUGUACUCCUACCCCAGGCGCUUCCCCUCCGCUCUUUCUUUAUCCAGUCCUAACCUCUGUACUCUGCCCUAUAGCAUGUCAAUCAUUUGCCCUCACACCAUCCCAAAUAUCCAGCUGUGUUCUAAUUCCAAUCUUAAAACCAUGCAAAGCUUUCCUCCCAGCUGCCAAUCUAAUCUCCCAGUCCAUCCUGAUUUUAAACAUCCCACUGUGAGACAAACUGGCCAACCCCCCCAGGGCUCCUCUACACCCCUCUCACCCUCAAAAAGAGAGACUAUCCUCUCCGUGAACUCUGUCCAAACCCUGCCUUUGGCUCAGCCUCCUUUACAUCAGAAACCUCCUAGCAUCUCUCUAACCAACCAUUCACCCUGCUCUGAAAGACCCAUGUGCUACCCACCCAAGCCAAGUCGACCCGGCUAUCCCAGUCCACGCUCAAGCGAAGGUUUCUACCCCAGCCCCCAACACCCAGGACACUAUCAGAUGGCUGGAUACCCGGGCCCCCACACACUCCCCUCAGUCCCAAGUGCACUAUACCCCCCUCAGGCAGCAAUGGUGGACACACAUCAUGCCCACACCCACCCACGGCACCACGUACACGGGCACUCACAUGCCCAGCUCCACCCUCUGCCUCAUGGACAGGACAUAGCUGUGUGGGCCUCUGCCAUGGAGGACAGGGCAGUAGACAUGCAGCCGUGUGUAGGCCCUCAAUGUCUGUUAAUGGAGGAACAGCUGAUGAUGCAGCAGCAGCAGAUGGAGGAGGAUCAGAGGUGGCUCGAGCAGGAGGAGAGGCUGCUGAAGCCAGACACAAGGAGCUCUAGAGGGAGUCUGGACAGAGAAGAUGGAGGGUUGCAGCCACCAACUGGAAACCAGCAUAUAUACCAGCCAGUGGGCAAAGCAGAACAUCCCGCUCCCCCAAAGAAACCCCCUCGACCUGGAGCCCAAAGUCAAGUGGGUGGUCUGGCCUGUGUGAAUACUGGAGAUAGUUACAACGAUGGAGUGAAGCUGCAGCCCCAGGAGAUCAGCCCUCCUCCCACUGCCAACCUGGACCGGUCCAACGACAAAGUCUACGAGAAUGUGACAGGACUGGUGAAGGCUGUGAUCGAAAUGUCCAGCAAAAUCCAACCAGCGCCCCCCGAGGAAUAUGUGCCCAUGGUCAAGGAUGUCGGCCUUGCAUUAAGAACGUUAUUGGCCACAGUCGAUGAGACACUUCCACAACUCCCAGCCAGCACACACAGAGAGAUUGAGAUGGCACAAAAGCUUUUAAACUCUGACUUAGCAGAGCUCAUAGGGAAGAUGAAGUUAGCCCAGCAAUAUGUGAUGACGAGUCUUCAGCAGGAUUACAAGAAACAGAUGCUGACAGCUGCCCAUGCUCUCGCUGUUGAUGCCAAGAACCUGCUUGAUGUCAUUGAUCAAUCGCGGCUCAAGAUGAUGGCCCAGUCCCGUCCACACUAGCCCUGACAAAGCGUAAUCAAUAGGACUUUGUAUGCUAUUUAAAGGACAUAUAGGACAAUGGUGGUGCUUAAGACUCCUGGACUCUUGAUGCAAAGAGAAAAUGAAGCUGACCGCUCCGCCAUAAGGAGACAACUAUGGCUCUUAUAUUUUGAUAUAGUCUGUGAAGAAUCGUUGACAAAUCUGUGCAUUAACUUUAAGGAAACACUUCUCCACUGUGACUUUCUAUAUCAUACAAACAGUCAAAAACCUCCUGAAUCAGGGACCUGGCAGCUUGACUCUGGUUGGACUGGAACACAGCAAGAAAGGAGCUAGAGUGAAUUUAUCUGGUAUUUUUAUUAACUUUUCUGGAUAUAACCUAAAAUGAGCCAAAAUCAUCGGAUCACAGGUGUAAAUCGAAGAACGUCUAUCUACAAUGUGAAUUUUUCAAAAGCCACGACAACUUAAUUUUACCACAUUGGAUCUGCAUGACAUCUCUUCACUAGAUUUCAUUUGUUGUCGACCAAACAUGCCUCCACUACAGAGUGCACUGACUGGAUCAAACCAGUCAAAUUUCCUUCAGUCUGUCAUCUCAAACUGCCGCGUGGAUGAAACUUUUCUUGGUGUUCCUGUAUUCUCUCCAUCCAUCUUUUGGUUUUUAUUUAUAGACAUAAAUUGCAGAGGACAAGAUGGAUAGAACAGGAGAUGGCAGAGGAAAGCAGGCCAGUGUACUUUUCAUACACUACCAGAAAAAACAUUCUUGGCUUCCUCCGGACCAACUUUGUCCUGGUCUCCAGCUGCUCAUUGUCUGACAGUCUUCCUAAGUGAGGAUAUGGUUUAUGCACCAUUAUACUGUCUCAUUGCAAAUAGGUCCGUGCAAUUUAAUCACUAUUACAAUUAUUGUUCCAAUCAAUUAGAUAAAAUGUGUAUUUAUAAUGCAGUGUUUCUCAAACUCACUAAUGGUACAAUGGCACACAAGCCUCUCCAUUUGGUACGCGGAUUCCGCUGCAGUUAAAUAAUUUGAUGCAUUUUUGGCUAGUUCUUGUUUACAGCUAGUAUAGCAAUGGAGUAGUCCUAUUUUAAACCUGAUUUAGUCAUAGUUUAUACUUAGAAUAAUCCUGUGCUAGACAUGGUGGUACUCGGAAGGCCAAAUAUUGUCUUAGGUGGUAUUGAUGGGAAAAGUUUGAGAACCACUGCUAUAAUGGGUUUUUAUUAAGUCAGUUAUUUCCCAUGCAAGUUAACAUUUGACAGUACAUAAGUUGAGCAGCCCUAAUUGCAACUACAGUAUACUCAAGUACAGGACCGAUAUUGCUGAAAUCACUAAUCUAUGUAUUAUCAUGAGCCACUUUAUAUUUAUCUAAGAACACAUUUUUAUAUUAUUGUUUGGUGCCAGUGACAUAUACAGGCUCAGUAUCUGCUAAUGUCUCCAAAGAGAGCUCCAGGUACCACCUGUCUUACCUUUGUGCUAACCGUCCCAACAUCAGGUGAACCCAAAUGUCCCUGCCUUGAAUCACCAAAACAACAGGGAAACAUCACGUAUCAAAUGUGGAGCCACAAAACUGGAACUUGUCUGUGAGACACUAAUCACUGAAAUGCACAGCACACGGUUCUUUGUGUAUUUUGACAGACUAUUUGUGAAAUGUACAGGUGGAACAUAUGUGCCAGUAUAGCAUGAUAUACUGGUGUGAUGGUGAAUAGCAUAUUUGCACAGCACCAAAAUCUGAAACCAUUUUUACCUUAUUCUGCCCAGAUGUUUCUACUGCAAUAUCAGUGGUUACAUAUCUGGAUAACAAUGGGUUAAAAAUGUGUAUAAACUAAACACAAUCUAUUUUAACUGUUGUGUAAAUCUGCUAAUGUUGCUAUAUUGUAAGCUAAACUGGUGUGCGUCACUGGUCAAUUGUACAGAACUCGUACUUGUAAACACUGGUUUUUAUUUUGUCUUUGGGUCUGGACCGGCCAUAUUGUCAAAUAAGAAAAAAGCAAUGAAAUAAAAUAAUACUAAAAUAUA